AUGCCAGAAAGAGGUCAUGCGAUUGCGAUUGGCAAGGGUCGCAUCAUUCGCAACAAAGCUCCAAGCCCGAAGGAGGGUUCAGCGAACACCAUCCCUGUCACGGUCGCUGACGCUAGGUUUAUGAAGCCUUUAGAUCGAGAUCUGAUUCGCAAGCUUGUCAAUGACCAUGAAAUUAUCAUCACUGUGGAGGAAGGUUCGAUCGGUGGGUUCGGAGACCAUGUGCUACACUUUGCUGUGCUCGAGGGUAUGUUGGACGAUGGAAAGGUCAAGUUCCGCCCCAUGGUUCUACCAGAUCGAUACAUUGAUCAUGGCAGCCAAGGUGAGCAGUACGAAGAAGCUGGACUGAGUGCAUCCCACAUUGAGGCGACAGCAAUGAGACUGGUAGGAAGGUCUGCUACAGUGUUGACAAGUGCACGUGCCCUUGAUCUUAACCAGAUGCAAAAGUGA